AUGGCAAUGUGUUUCCAAGAAUCGUGUCCGGUCUUUGCAAAGCCAGGUGGCAAUUCUCGUCCCUCAAACACAGGUCCAGUGUCUGUGCAGCCGCAUGGUUAUACACCCUACCCAACCUCUAAUACACCUGGGAUGCCUCCAUAUCCACCGACACCGCCACCUUCGUAUUUCUCAUCUUUCUCGCAGAGCAGUGGUACGGUUCAGCCGGAGCACCUUAAAGCAUCCGUGUUGAGUGCAGUCGAACAUAAAGUUAGGCAGCGUCUUAGAGAAAAAUUAGGAACAGUACAUGCUGAAUUGGCUUCAAUAAGGCAAACCUAUACAGACCUCAGAGCUGGCCAGCAAAAGCUCAGAUCUGUCCUUGAUGAAUUAGCUGAGGAACAGAAACGGAUGAAAGACGCAUUGGUGCUACUUCAGGAGAAGAAAGCUGAAAUCAGUUCUCUCUUGGCGUUAUCUUCUUCGGAGAAAAGUGUCGAAAUUGAUCAGGUGAUUGAUGCCUGCACGCCGUUACAUAGACAGCUUCUGCGAUGUUACGUGUACGAUUGUGCUAUUGAUGAUGCGAUCUACUUUCUCGGUCAAGCGUUAAGUCGUGGCCGUAUCAGCUUGACAAAUUACCUUAAGGAGGUGCGUCAGCUUUCCCGUCAGCAGUUCAUCCAUCGCGCAACACUUCAAAAAUGUCGUGUUAAGGCCAAAAUGCCAUUGUAA